ACACGGUCUGUGCGUUAGAUAGGCCGUCGCAAAUCUGAUGGUCAUCAAACCAUCAAAAAGUGGUCCCUGAUCCGGUUACGAUGAUGAAUUCAAACACUAUGUUCGCAACAGUUUGGAAUGGGUCACCCACUCGAUGCUUGAUUCUCACCAUCACCAGAAAAUAGCAUCAGCUCCGGUUACUGGGCGUGUGGAAAGCUUCUUUUAACUCCACAUUCUUACUUCGGACUGACCUUUGACACCUGUCCAUGAUCCAUCUCGCGCCUCCCUCACAAAUCUUGCCAAUACAGCCAAAGGACAUCCGACGCCAUUCUACCUCGUUUCGCGCAACCAUUUUAACGGCUAGACCACUUUCACUCAUCAUCGUAGAGCCUAUGACGCGCUGCCCAUUCAGGAAAAGAAGCAUAUCGAACUCCCAAGCCAACACCUCUGAAACUUCUGUUCACUCUGGCUCCAAGCAUUCUCACUCCCAAGCAAGUUCGUCCAUUUCGAUACCUGGAAUACCAGACGAAUUCCAAGGACCACUUGUGGUGCCUCCAAAUGGAAGACACCACACUUCCACCGCGAUUCUAGGUGAUUUGAGGGGACAAGCUAGGAAUGAUCGCAGGCCGCGAACGCAAUCGUCUUCCUCUGACCUUCAGAGCAUCAACGCUACAAGUUCCCAUAUCGGGAACACUGAUAUCGUGGCAGACAAAGUAAAACUUGGAUCCACGCCACGGAAACAGAAGGGCAAACUGUCACUGUCAAUACCACACAUAAUUCGCAAUUCCCAGGCACGGGAGCGCAAGCCUAGUUUUCCUAGCAGUACGGACCUAUCGGAAGGCGUGCCCAAACAUGGCUUUCGGAUAAUAGGACGCGGAGGGUUGGGAUCCUCCCAUGUGGUCCUACCCCCUCGGCCGAAAACCCGGAAGAGCGAGCCUUGUCUAGCUCAGGCUCGUGGAGCUCAGUUCUCUCCGAUCGCGAGGCCAUCACGUUUCCCUCCUCUACCCGUCAAUACGGCGCCUUCCGCGCCGCCGCCGCAAGCCAAGAUUCGUUAUUCUGGGCGAGGUGCAGGGUCCAAGCCUCGUUCUGUUUUUUCCAAACUCCACAUAGAGCAUAAUUUUGGAUUCGGCUUCAAGAUUUCGGCCCCUUGGAAAGGGAAGACAAUGCUUGAGGAAGAGGAAAAGGAGAUAGACAGUAACGCAUUCAUCGGGGAUUCGGAAUCAGAUGUUAGUUCGAUACACUUCGCAGCGCCUGUUGUGUCGUUGCCGAAGCCCGUUUCGCUACCUCGACCUCCAGGUGAUGACAUGUUCACAGAAGCUGUGGAUGAAGAACGGCGGUCGCUUCCAGAGGUAGAGGACGUUGAAAAACUAGAUGCCCCCCCACCGUCACCGAUUCCAUCAUCCGGUCUGGAGAUGCAACAACGGAAAAUAGCCAAACAUUUUGGCAAUGAUAUACGGUACCCAAAAGCAGGAAUUAUUUUUGUGCCGAAGAAUUGCGAGAGUGUAAUGUCUGGACGGAUCGUCAUGCCUUCGCUCCCUCCCAUUUUACCGGCAUCCGACAACUCUUCUUCGAUGACGCAUAAGAGAUCACCAACCAGGACACGUAGCUUACCCGAUGUAAUGCUUAAUCCUGAAUCUACAGGUACCCUGGGAACCUUAGAGGACCCAUGCCCAUGUGAAGAUGGUCGGUUCGGAGGGGAAACAACGCCUGUAUCCUCCAUGAUAUUUUCUGAACCUCCUUCCCCAACGCCUUCACUGUUGGACCCUAUUCAGGAGGUGCCCUCACAUGUUGAGCCUGAUGAGGCGGAUUUCACACUUUUGAGUCCCCGAUCAGAUUCACCGUUUAUGGAUUCGAUUGCACCUGUUUCACUGCCGACUUUUGAGCGUGUCAUGAGUGAAAGUGGCAACUUCGUGUCAAUGAUGGAGGAAAAGCAAGGGUGGAUGGGACGGUGGAAUCGGCGGACCAUUGGGGAAGCUAUUAGCGCCCUAAGGGAGCUGUAGGAAGGGUGUCGAACUCUGGAUAUCCAGUUGAGCAUGCCAUCGUUUGCACAUCUCUUUUUCGAGUUAUUUUACUACCACUAUUUUAUUUUA